UCAUCAGUCUGCUAAAGAAGUAAACCCCAGGCUGUCUGUAUCUACCAAGGAAAUCCAGUGAUGGCUUGGAAGAAGAAAAUAUGCUAGCAGUUUAGGAAAGAAGAGGUUUCGUCUGUGUCCAUUGAAACAUUUGGAAUGUUAAGAAUUAUUGACUGGUAUGAAGUAGGCCAUGUCUAAUAGUGUUGGAGAUGGAGGACAGGAUUUUUACACUGCCGGCACAGACUCUCCAGAGUUCCAGGCCAACAAUUUUGAACUUCCGGUGAAGAAAAGGGUGAAGGACGGCGGAAACUGAGUCUUGGAGUGUUGGGGAAUUGGCAGGGUCCAGAUGAUUUCAACAGAAAGGAGGACUUGUAACCAGUUUGCAAUGGUGACAUGAAAAGGUUUAGUGUGUGUGAGGGAGUUGCAAACAUUUUAAUCAUUUAUACUGCAUCUGGGGAUAAAACGUAAGAAUAAUUUGAGAGGAGAAAAGAUAAUGGGCUUUUUGGGUCGGCUAAGGAGAAUAUCAAGGCCACUGAGCCCUCAGGUGGUUAUGCUGCUACUUUCUGCAUUUUGCAUAGUAAGUGUUUUUAUAUCUGCUUAUUAUCUUUAUGGGGUGAAGCGUGAACUGGAACCAUCAGGAAGAUUGCAGACUACGGAUUGUGAUGAUCCCAAAGUCACCCCAUCCCGUCUCCUCCCUCCAAAGAAUCUUUUGCCAUCAGAUUCUUCCCGGACAGACCUCAUGGUGUUAGUGUUUGUAGAAAGUCUGUAUUCACAACUGGGCCAGGAGAUUAUUGCUAUCCUUGAGUCGAGUCGUUUUAAGUAUCGGACUGAAAUUGCUCCUGGUAAAGGGGAUAUGCCAACACUUACAGAUAAGGACAGGGGGCGUUUCUCCUUGAUCAUAUAUGAGAAUUUACUGAAAUAUGUCAACUUGGAUGCUUGGAACCGAGAGUUGUUGGAUAAAUACUGUGUGGAGUAUGGAGUCGGAAUCAUUGGAUUCUUUAAGGCAAAUGAAAACAGCUUGCUGAGUGCGCAACUCAAAGGUUUUCCACUUUAUCUUCACUCAAACUUGUGGCUGAAGGACUGCAUCAUCAACCCUAAAUCCCCAUUACUUUACAUCACCAAGUCUACAGGGGCAGAGAAGGGUUUGCUGCCAGGUGAAGACUGGACAGUGUUUCAGUCCAACCAUUCUACCUAUGAGCCUGUCUUGCUAGCAAAGACCAAGUCUGCAGAGAGCAUCCCUCACAUGAACCUUGAUGCAGCUUUGCAUGCUACAGUGGUGCAGGAUCUGGGACUGCAUGAUGGCAUUCAGAGGGUUCUUUUUGGCAACAACCUGAAUUUCUGGCUACACAAGUUAGUGUUUGUAGAUGCUGUCUCUUUUCUAACUGGGAAGAGGCUAUCUCUGUCCCUUGACCGUUACAUUUUGGUUGAUAUUGAUGAUAUCUUCGUGGGCAAGGAAGGAACACGCAUGAAAAAAAGUGACGUGAAGGCUUUGCUUGAUACUCAGAAUGAACUGCGGGUUCAUGUCCCCAAUUUUACUUUCAAUCUGGGAUUCUCAGGGAAAUUCUUCCAUACAGGUACAGAUGAAGAAGAUCAAGGUGAUGAUCUCCUCCUGUCCUAUGUUAAUGAAUUUUGGUGGUUCCCUCACAUGUGGAGCCAUAUGCAACCUCACCUUUUUCACAACCAGUCAGUUCUGGCAGAGCAGAUGGUUCUGAACAGGAAAUUUGCCACUGAUCAUGGAAUUCCUACAAAUAUGGGGUAUGCUGUAGCCCCCCACCAUUCUGGAGUCUAUCCUGUCCAUGUGCAGCUGUACCAGUCAUGGAAGCAAGUCUGGAACAUAAAGGUGACCAGCACAGAGGAGUAUCCUCAUCUCAAACCAGCACGAUACCGCCAUGGUUUCAUACACAAUGGCAUCAUGGUUCUUCCCCGACAGACAUGUGGCUUAUUCACACACACUAUAUUUUAUAAUGAGUACCCUGGAGGUGCAGUCGAACUUGACAAGAUCAUUAAUGGAGGGGAGCUUUUCCUUACGGUGCUGCUAAAUCCAAUCAGUAUCUUCAUGACUCAUCUUUCAAAUUAUGGAAACGACCGUCUGGGAUUAUACACCUUUAAGAACCUUAUCAGGUUUGUUCAGAUGUGGACUAACCUAAAACUACAGACCCUCCCUCCAGUUCAGCUGGCUCAGAAGUACUUCCAGAUUUUUCCUGAAGAAAAGGACCCUUUGUGGCAGGAUCCUUGUGAAGAUAAAAGGCAUAAAGAUAUUUGGUCAAAAGAGAAGACUUGUGAUCGUUUUCCCAAGUUGCUGAUUAUUGGCCCCCAGAAAACAGGUACUACAGCACUGUAUCUGUUCCUAGGGAUGCAUCCUGAGCUCAGCAGCAAUUUUCCCAGUUCUGAAACCUUUGAAGAGAUCCAGUUUUUUAAUGGGCACAAUUACCACAAGGGAAUUGACUGGGCAAUAGAGCACCUGCCAAUCCCAGCAAACACAGCUAGUGAUUUUCACAGUGAAAAAAGGUGUAAUGUAUACGAUGAGGAGAUCAAAGCAUGUGCAACAGCAUCACUUUUUCCUAAGGGGGCUCUGCUUCUUAUUCUUAUAAGUAAGUCACAAAGGACAUAUGUAUGGUUGCAGCACCAGCGAGCUCAUGAUGACCCAGUUGCAGGGAAGUAUACAUUUUAUGAAGUUAUUACAGCAGAUGUUGGAGCCCCUUCCAGGGUUAGAACUUUGCAGAGUCGUUGUUUGGUGCCAGGAUGGUACUCCACUCACCUUGAACGAUGGCUGAGUUACUAUCAUUCCAACCAGAUCCUUGUUUUGGAUGGAGACCUACUACGUAAGGAACCAGCACUUGUGAUGGAAAAAGUUCAGAAAUUUCUUGGUGUGAGAAAUGUAAUCAACUACCAAAAGAUACUGGCGUUUGAUCCUAAAAAAGGAUUCUGGUGCCAACUCUUGGAAGGUGGAAAAACAAAAUGUCUGGGAAAAAGCAAAGGAAGGAAAUACCCAGAGAUGGAUUCAGAUUCAAGAACUUUUCUUAGAGACUAUUAUAGAGACCAUAAUAUUGAGCUGUCCAAACUACUGUACAAAAUGGGUCAGCGUUUACCAAACUGGUUGAGAGAAGAGUUGCAGAACACAAGGUAGCAGGAGACUGGAGAGAAACUAUCGAAGAGAUUGUCUUUUGAAGCACAAUGAAAACUGAGCACCAGUCAUUUAAUUCAGAAGAGAAAGCACAGCCUGCUUCAUGGGAAGGAGAGCCAGAAAAGCAGCAAAUUGCAAGAUUUAGAAUAUGGCUGUCACUCUUUCUACAUUGGGUGUUAAAACUUGAUAAACAAGAUGGAUCUCAAGUCUGCUGUUUGCUAUUUCUUUUAGCAGUACUUUGUCACACGGGCCAGUCAGUCACCACAAAUUGUCUUUUUGACUUCUCUCAGGUCCAGCAGAGGAGUAUGCCCUUGUGCAUUCUUUGCAAGAACAAUUUAGAAACUACAAGACUUGUUACUAAAUUUCAGUAUUUUAACUGUUACCCUGUCUGGCAGUUGAUGACAUACAGGUUGACUGACAUAUAUUUUUUUUCUUUUUGUACAAAUUUCCUGUGUAUAGGUUCAUGAAUACAGUGUCUAAUCUAAAA